UCUCAUCUUCCGUAUUAAUUCAAAUUCAAACAUACGUCAUUAAUUAAACCCUAAUUCACCAUGGGAGUUUUCGCCUAAUCUAACAAAGUUUCAGAGCACCAUGGCGAUCUUCUUCUUCUUCUUCUUCUUGAUAGCAGCCUUACCAAUCUCAAUUUCAAAUUCACAAGUGCCCAUCAGAAAGGCAGAUCAAAACAGAACUUUUGAAACUAGUUUCUCUCUUUUAAGGAUUGAGCAAUUUUUUCUGAAUGUUGAAGAAGAUGGCUCAAAAAGAGAUAAUAAUGGAGCAGGAUUUAAGAAAGCUGGAUGUGACGAAACUACAUCCACUUUCACCUGAAGUUAUAUCCAGGCAGCCUACAAUCAACAUUGGCCUCAUUGGCCAUGUAGCACAUGGCAAAACCACUGUUGUCAGGGCAAUCUCUGGUAUCCAGACUACUCGAUUCAAAUGUGAACUGGAGCGUAACAUAACUGUGAAACUUGGAUACGCAAAUGCAAAGAUAUACAAAUGUGAGGAUGAAAGUUGCCCGCGGCCUUUAUGCUACAAGUCAUAUGGAAGUGGUAAAGAAGAUAAUCCUCCAUGUGAUGUUCCUGGAUUCAAGAACUGCAAGAUGAAACUGCUCAGACACAUUUCUUUUGUAGAUUGCCCGGGGCAUGAGAUACUGAUGACUAGAAUGCUGAGCGGGGCAACAAUUAUGGAUGGAGCUUUCCUUCUAAUAGCUGCCAAUGAAAGUUGUCCUCAGCCCCAGACUCUAGAGCAUUUAUCUGCUGUUGACAUCUUGAAGCUCCAAAACCUAAUCAUUCUUCAGAACAAAGUUGACACUAUACAGCAGGAUCAAGCUAGAAAUCAGUAUAAAGCAAUCCGUGAAUUUCUGAAGGGAACAGUUGCAGAAGGUGCACCAGUUGUACCUAUUUCCGCGCAGCUUAAUUACAACAUUGAUGCUGUUUGUGAAUAUAUUGCAAGGAUUCCCAUUCCUAAGAGAGAUUUUGUAUCACCUCCCCGUAUGGUUGUGAUUCGAUCUUUCGAUGUGAAUAAGCCUGGUUGUGGGAUUGAUGACAUGAAGGGUGGUGUUGUAGGUGGAAGUAUCAUUAAGGGUGUUCUAAAAGAAAAUCAGAUGGUUGAGCUUCGUCCAGGCAUCCUUGACAAAACUGCAGAUGGAAAAACCAUCUGUAGACCAAUAUAUUCCAGAAUUGUGUCAUUAUUUGCAGAGCAGAAUAAGCUUCAGUUUGCUGUGCCAGGAGGCCUUAUUGGGGUUGGCACAUCAAUGGAUCCUUCCCUAUCAUGCAGCGAUAUGCUUGUUGGUCAAGUCCUUGGAGACGUUGGUACACUCCCUGAAGUGUAUAUUGAACUUAAGAUCAGGAAAAUUAAACUGCUGCGUCGGCUUGUAGGGGUUGAGGAAAAAGAGUCAGAAAAGCAGGUGGCGAAUCUGGUGAAGGGUGAAGUUCUAAUGCUGAAUAUAUUGUCCAUGGCAACUGGGGCUCAAGUCAUUAAAGUGAGAAAUAACAGCGCGAAAUUGCAACUAACUGCACCUGUAUGCACUGGCAUAGGCGAGAAGGUGGUGCUCAGCCGUCGAGUUGGUGGCCACUGGCGUCUCAUUGGGUGGGGUGAAAUUGAAGACGGAGUGGCACUAGAUGUGCCACCCACACCUGCAGAUAUUCUCUUUACAGUGUGAACUUGGUUCUUUCUAUUUUAUGAAUUGCUUUCUGAUGAGUGUUUCUUUUUAGCUUUUGUUUAAUUGUUCCUAUGGAUUUGUAUUGUCGACUUGUCGAACAAUAGAUUUUUGGCAUGACACAUGCUUACUUCAAGUAUUUGUGGAUUUUAUCCGCUCUUUUCUCACCUAAAUGAAAAUGCUCUAAAUUCUGUUGGCCCUCAA